AUGACACACUCAAAGUGCCUGGUCACCGCAGAGCAGAAUGCAGCGUAUGUGUUUUGUGGUCUUCAAGGUGUAGAACUUUGCCAGCUGGUGCUGAAGGCAUCGACGUUGCAGGAGCUGGUGGAUGCAGUGAGCCGCGAAAUCAACAUUCCAGGCGAUUGCUUUCGGCUCCUCUGGGGUGGUGCUGGACUGGGCGCUGGUCGGCUGCCAAUGCCAUUGUUGCGCAAGAGCGAUAUCCCCGUGAAGGUGACCCUGGUGAGGAUCAACCCCGCCUGGGCCGCUGCACUGGAUCGAGUUGUGGCAUCAUUGGUACCUGAGUUGCCAUCCAUUGCAUGCAUUUGCGAUGGACCGGCUCUUGACCUUUCAGGAGAAGUUCGGACAUGCUUUGCAGAGAAUCGUGACUUGGCGUUGGCGGCGGUGCAGUAUUCUGGCAGCUUUUUGAUGCACUUUCCAGAAGAUUUGCUCCACGACAAGGAACUGGUCAGCACUGCGCUCCGCGAAUGUGGAAGUGCCUUGCGAUUCGUUCCUGUUCCGCUUCGGCGAGACCGCGAGGUUGUUUUGGUUGCUGUACAGAACGAUGGGGAAGCUUUGUUUUAUGCUCCACCCGAGCUGCAGGCUGAUGCGGAGGUGGCUGGUGCUGCUGUGGCCCAGGUUGGCCAGGCGAUGCGGCACGCCUCAACGCUUUUGAAGCAGGACAGGGCCUUUGUCUUCGAAGCUGCCAGAAAGCGUGCCAACACUUUUCUCUACGCUCAUGAGCGCCUGCGACAGGACAAGGCAUUUGUCAUGUCCAUAGUUCGAGUCAAUGGUGAUGUGCUCACCCAUGUCCCGCAGGCACUUCGGAGUGACAGAGAUGUGUGCAUGGCAGCCAGGGCCUACUGGGCUGGUGAGGGUGACGCCCCUCCAUCUGCCCAAGGACUUGUGCGACAAGGCCUCUUGUUGGAGCCAAGCGAGCGUGCCAAACUGGCUGCUCAAGCAGUUCGAGAAGGACGACCCACAUGA